AUGAGGAGUGCAGAAGUGUUCAGUGAAGGUAGCUGCAGAGUGAUGUGUUAUAUGGAGCCUAACUGUGUGUCAAUCUAUAUUGGAUUAGUAGAAGGAGGAAACCAACAAUGCGAGUUGAAUAACGCAACCGAGAAAAACCAAACUCCCUUUCUUCUUGUGAAUAAAGAAGGUUACACAUAUCUUGAAAUCGAAGUAAAUUGCACAUUCUUAUCAAACUGAGGGGAGUCACACACAAAUGAAAUUGUUGCAUUUUUUAGGCUGAGGUCUUAAACUUUUUUUUCCCAACAGAAUCCAUGCAGUAGCAGCCCAUGUUUGAACAAUGGCACCUGUCAAGCUAGAUUCACCAAUAAAGGUUUUCGUUGCGUUUGUCGUCAUGGAUUCAGUGGAGAUAACUGCCAGUUUAAAGCUAAACAGUAGAAAUGGUGUUUCAUUCACUAAUCCUCUUGGGUUAGUUGAAUUAUAUAUUCACAGUGGAGAGACUGUUUUUUCAUUUAGAUAAUUAAUUGACUUACCGGUAUUUCGGAUCAUUUAAGGGGAUAUGGAAAUUCAUCAAAUCUGACUUCUUGGAAAGUCUAUGAUCCACUAAAGAUGAAGUAAUGAACACGUCAUACCAAAACUCGGAAUGCAUCUUGUAAGUUGUCUAGGACGAAAGCCCAGGUUCUUGUAUCACAAUGUUUAAGGUUCUUGUAUCAACAACCUGAGACUGUUUCUGCGUCACAUUGGAUCAAAGAAACUACUUUACAGAAGAGAGAGCAAAAAUACGUCUAUUAACGGUGGUAACAAAAUAAUAUCCGUCUGUUUUGAAAUGAAAAUCCAGUAAAAAGGACGAAUGAUGUGUAGGACAUAAACCUGAAAAGUUUGUCGUUCAUUCACAGCUCUAAAGAAAAACUGUGCUGACAUUUACAAAGUUGGGGAAGAGGAGACGCUGUGUACAUCAUUUAAAUUGAUGAUUUGCCUGCCUUUGAUGUACUGUAUGACCAAACAGCAAAAAAACAAACCAAACAAAAAUAACAAAUAAUCUCAACCACAUCGAUGUAUAAUUUCGACAGCGCACUAUGUAAAGGUAUUCACUGAUCGAUCAUGCCCAGUGGGACACAAAUACGAGCUUUUUUUAUAAUAGUUGUUACAUUUGACGGCCCAACCUCUUCUUCAGACUUUAAAGCACUCUGAGAAACAAGCUGGUGAGUAACUACUGGAAGUGUAUUCGCCAUCAAUGUCAUUAUCAUCAUCAAUUUCAUUGUCAUUAUCACUGUUAUUGCUAUCAUAAUUAUUUACACCAUUAUCAUUAUCAGUAUUAUCAUUAUUUUUGAAAAUCUUUUUUAAGCUUUUCACACCUCUCUGUGUUUCUCGAAGAUGCAUCUCCACACUCAAAUCAAGAUUUUUUUGUGACAUAUCAGUAUUGUUAAAAUAAGUUCUUUUAAGGUUUUCUUUGAAAUUAUCACUUGAAUUGUCAAUUGUCAAUCCGAAUGGUGUGGUUGAAAGAGCAAGUGAAAUCCAGCACGGAGCCUGGUGGUAUCGCAGUUGUUAUACCUCCAACCUAA